AUGCUGAGGGAGCUCAAGUUCGCGCUGAGACUUCUCAACAAAUUCUACCUCAAGGCAGAUGUGUCUGAUCGGAAAUGGAUGCGCGAUGACUGGAUAGAAUUCUUUGAUCUUGAGACGGACUUUCAGAACCAGUAUGCAUCGAUUCGCCGUUUGUAUUCUAGCAAACCUAUGGAAGAAAUGAAGGGGCUGAUCAGUGCCAUUGAGAGUGAAAUCGAUGUUUAUCGUAAUGGUAGCCCGCAAUCGGACGACCUUUCAGACUCUGGGUCGGCAGAUUCUGAGCCUCAUGAUCCAGGGUCGCCCUCAAAACGACUAAAACUCGCAGAGGAUGAUGAUCGGUCAACCAAAAAAGGAGACAUACUUGAGCGACAACCUCGAACUACUCGAAGGACUCGAAUAGUUCUACGUACAAAAACAAACACAAAUCAUCGACCACUUCUGUGCAAAGGCGUUGAUGAGUCAGAUCAGACACCUCGAAUACUCCCAGAUGACGCAAGUACGCGGAGCAACGCCGGAGUCUUUGCAAACAACGCUGGGACCUUUUUAAGCAACACCUGGGCAUUUUCAAACAAUGCCAUGCCCUCUGCAAACGCCGGGACCUGGUCAAAAGUCGUCCGGGCCUUUUCAAACAAUGCCCAGGCGAAGAAGAACAGCGACCAAGAAGAACACCAGGACAGUCGACGACCACGCGGACUGGUUACUCUUAUCUUGGAAAAGGUUCAGAAAUCUACAGGUAUGGACCAACCGAUGAAGGACACAUAG